AUGUCAUCAAACCCGAGCGCCCGCCUGAACGGCAUCUUCCAGGACGCCUCGGUCUCCGGUGGCGGCAAUGAUGCAUUACGCUACACAGCGCCUCGAGAACCGUCGCACAACCAGCAACAACAACAGCCGACACCGGCCCCCGCGGCCACGUCUUCGACAGCCUCGGCCGUCGUGUAUUCCACCAUGGUCUCGCUGUAUCAAUACGAUUCCACUGCCCGCAAAUACGUACAACUUGGCGGCAGCUCAGCUGGCUCAAAAGCGGCCGUGGGCUGCGUCGUCGUGGGUGCCGAGACAGCCUACAAUCUGCUCUUCUACAACGCCUCCAAGCAGCAUUUGUGUGCUGUACCCAUCAACGACGCGCAAGUGGCCGAGUUCAUGGGACAGGUCUUCCUGGCCAAGAUCCACGUCGAGAUCUGGGGCAGUGACAAGACCGUGACCAAGACGAACCCAAGCGCACUAAUCCAGGACGACCUGGUGUUCGUCAAGCCCGAGACGCAACAAGUGAGCAACGGAGACACCGUCGCUGUUGCAUUUAGUGCCUGGCGAGUCGUAGGCAACGCUAAUUCGGCCCCUGCCGACGUCGUGACCAAGUACGCGCCGUUCGAGAAGGCCAGUGAAGGUGAUCUACGUAAAAUUCGCCUCGGAGACGGUAGUGAACGCAUUAAAGCACUAGAAGAGGCCAUAGUGGGCAUGCGUAAAGGUGGCAAGCGGAUCGUAUUGGCCCCACCGGGCAAGACCAAUGGCCAGGACUGGUAUCUCCUGGAAGUUGAGCUGUUUAAAACCAAAACAGGCCAUAACGCCACUCCACGCAAGUCGGUACCGACUGUAACCACAUCUGAAGAAGCGCCGAAAGCUUCAACUUCCGAGAAAAAGUCAUCACGACGACGGUCAAGUCCCAGUAACAACACGUCGUCUUCCCGGUCUACUGGCACCAAAAACGAAGCCAGGAAUGGCGACCUGGUCCCGUACGAUGAAGACGCGGCAGCUAAGAACGACAUGGAGCUCAAGGAGCUGCGGUUGCUACAACGUGAACAGCAAUUGGAGCUUCAAGCGCGUGCACUGGAGCGCGAACGGAUGAGUGCCACUGGCGGUGGCUUCGGGUCUAUGGGAUUCGGACGUCCCGCGGACGCGAUGCUGUCGGAAUUGAACGCGAAAGUGGAUUAUCUCAUCCGGAUGGCCCCCGGGACGUCGAACUCGGGCUCUGGAGUCGGUGCUGGACCCAGCGACGUGGCUGCAGUUAUCCGUGGCGUCGAACGUCUAGCUAAUGAAAACGACAGACUUCUAACGCAGAUAAACUCGCAACAUCAACAGCAAUCAUCGUACGAGAAGCGAUGUGAGGAGCUACUGGAGCAAAACCAGCGUCUUCAAGAAGAGAAGCGGUCGCUCCAAGAGCGAUAUCAGUCGGCCGCGAGCUCGCAACUUAAUGCCACGUCCGAGUUGAGUGCUCUAGCGAGCGCCCGCGACGCUGCCGUGACGCAGACGAACCGACUGCAUGCUGAGUAUCAACAGCUAUUGACCGCGUACUACCAACGCCAACAACAUGGUGCUAGUAACGACGCCAAGGAGCACAAACAAGCGUUGACUUUCGAGCGUGAAGCCCGCUCUCGAGCGGAGAAGCAACUGGCCAAGGAGACACAGGCCCGUUCUUUGGCCGAACAGGAGUUGGCUCUUACGAAGAAGCAACACGAUGUGGCUCUACAAGUCAAGACGUCGGAGCUGUCCACUGCGACGGCGCAACUGGAGCAACAAGUGCGCUCGCUACAGACGCAACUGCAACAAGUAAAUGACGACCGACUGCGUCUCCAGGCGUACGCGGAGGAGCAGACGAAGCAGUUAUCAGCUCACAGUGAGACGAAGGAGAGAGACGCGAAGCAGCAGCUGGAACUGGUUGCGCAACUGCAAAGACAGAACGAGGCCUUGACUGGCCAAGUGGACGUGUCCUCGGCACGCGUUCGUGAGCUAGAGACGGCGCUGGCGUCGAGAGCGGCAGCUCCAGAGACGAACGCCGAGGUGGCGGCAGAAGAGAAACGUAUUUACGCGGAACAGAUCGAGUUGUUGCAGCAACAAGUGAAAGAUCUGGAACAGGACAAGUACGAGCAAGUGCUCGCGUCUGGCCGCUUGUCGUCUGCGGAAUGUGAGAUCUGUGCGACUGUCAAGGAGCGCGAGCAAGCGGCCGAACGGGCGCUGGCCGCUGCGGAGGCGGUCAAGCGGGAGGCGCAGGAUAUGCUGGCCGUGGCCGCACAUACUGGGGGAGGCGCAGAGGAGCGUGAACGCCUCGUGGCGCUCUUCAAAGAAGCAGUGAACGAGAUGUUCUUCCGGUUCCAAGACUUGUUUGAAGAAGAGACGGCGGUGGAUGGCAAGCAGGCACUUAAUGCUAUUCGGAAGGUCUUGAAAUCCAGUACGAAAAGUAUCAUUCAACAACUCCAGGAGCCUACGCAACAGAAUGAAACAGAGAGUGAUGGUAAUUUGAGUGAUGGUCCCCCGCUACCGCCACAAACUGUGGCAGAAGCUGCAACUGCAGAAGCUGUUGCGGACGCUGUUGCCACUGUAGAGGCUUCUGUUGAGGAUGAGAGACAUGCUGAAGAGAAGUCACCACGUGCAACUGUGGCAACUACACCGACGCUCCAUGAAGCGCAGUAUCCGUCUAGUGACGAGAGCGACAGUGAUUCGGAGCUCCGUCGAUAA